AUGUCAGAGUACAAAUUUGAAAAUGUACUCGUUGAAGGGAUUAAGGGCACAAUAUUGAUAAAUAAUUUUGAUUUGUUGUUCACAGCCGAUAACGUCACAUAUAAAUGGUCACUGUCGAACUGGAUAAGGUCGGAAAAGUCUAAAAAGACUCCGAAAGUUAGGUUAUCCUUCAAAGAAUCCUCAAUAAAACUCACUUCAGAAAUAUCCGACUAUGACAUUCUUCUGAAACCAGUGGUUGUCGCGGAUUUCAUUGAUGAUAGAGAACGUUUAGAGGAAUUUUCUAGCUUAUUAUCAGAGUGUUCAACCAAAUCCCGUCAGUUACCGAAAGAGCAAGAAGUUACAAAGCCCUCGCCGAAACCUCUAAGCGUAACUACACCAACUCAGGAAUCCAAAACACCAAAAGUUGUUGAAGAAAACUAUGAAGAGGCCAAGAAGGCUGUCCUAGAUUCAAACGAAAAACUGUUAAGGAUCUACAAUAGCCUAGUGGGAUCAGAAGAUGGCUCGGAGGGGUUAAUUCCAUCCAAAGAUUUCUGGGAACAUCAUAAAACUGAACUAAAAACAAACAUAUCGCAACAAAAAGCGAGGUCAAACUUGGAAGGGUUCCUGUCAAUUCCUCCAGCGUCAACACUCGUCAAUUCACAAAAUGUGUAUGUAUACUCGAAACAACUCACAGAUACACUCCUUUCAGAAGAUGAAACCAUUAGAAACCUCUAUAAUAAGUUAGUGGUGGAAAAGAAAUUCCCAGAAGAGAACUUUUGGAAGAGAAUACUCCAGUCCCGAUACUUUUACAACUUGAUCAACGAGAAGGUUCCGGAAGAUAAGAUACUCUAUGAGGAAAUCAAGGGGAUCCCAAUAAGAAAACCGCCAAAGAAACUGGAUGCGAACCACAUAUUAAGGAUUGCAGACCCUUCCAGUGAGGUAAUAACAUUUGAAGACUUAAAGAAGGUGGAUCGCAAUAGGAAAUAUAUGGAAGUGAACAAGAAAUUUGGAAAAAGUUUUAGCCUAGACGAAACUAGAGGAGUUUUAGUAGAUCGUUUUAACGAACACUCACUGAAUAUCAUAAAUGAGUGUCAGUCUGUAUCAUUAAAUUUGCCCUCAAGUCCAGGUCCGAGAUCCACUGAUGAAGAAAUCGAAGCUAAAGCUGAAAAUUAUCGCAAAAGGAAGCUGUUGGAUACCACAAUACAUGACUUGCAGGAAAAGGAGGACCAGGAGGUUGACUCGCUGUGCGUCAUAAGUUCCCUGAAAAUGCCAGGAACCCAAGUUGAACCCCCACCAAGUAUAGUAAAAACUGAGUCCACAGAGUCAGCGAACAAGAUCCAGUUAAAGCUGCAUCAUUCAACAUCGUUUCCUGACCGUUCGAGGUGGAUAAGUGAAUUGAGAGACUUUGACAUAGUUAAAUACAUCAAGGAUUCUAAGCUUGAUCUUAAAGUAAGUAAAAAGAUGUUUGUUGUUAACACAAAGCUAUGUCAGUCAGAGAAAUUAAUCAGCUCUCCACAAUGUACAAAAAUAUAUAAAACCAAUAAUAAACUAAUUUAUAAUUUUAUAGUUGAAUUUGACCCGAACACGGUUAAACUGAUGACUGAGAUCCACCAAGAGCUCAUGGAGGUUUUGCAGAUGUACUAUAAGACUUUGAUGCCUGAGGAGGAGAAACGUUCUAACCUUCUGUCCAUACUCCGAAUGAUAAAGCACAGGAUAGAAUCUAUGAAUGACGUUGGAAUCUCUUCCAAGACUGUCAAGGCUCUACAGUCUGGAAUGCUUGACCAGAUCACUGCCGCCGAGUCCUACGACUUGAAGCUUCGUUCCUACGUAGCCAAACUUCGUUCCCAGAGGAAUAAAUAG